GUUAUUCCUGAGCCAAAGGCCCGCGGAAAGCACUGGGUCAGUUCCUCCGUUCCGGAGAGCCGCUGGGAGGAGCCGAUCGCUCAGCACUGCUCAGCCGAGUACUUCGUCAACAACCUCGUUUCGCCCGUGCUCUUCUGCGAGGCGCUGCGACACGUGCCCAGGGACGCAAUAGUUGUCGAGUUCGCGCCCCACUGCCUUCUGCUGUCUAUUCUACGCCGUGCACUGGGCUCUGGCGCCUCCUGUGUGGGCCUCAUGAAGAGGGACACGGACAACCACUCGUUCUUCCUGGGCUCGCUGGGCAAGCUUCACACUCUGGGAGUGCAGCUGGAUCCGUCCGCUCUGUACCCGCCCGUUCCGUGGCCACUGCCACGAGGCACGCCUAAUAUCGGGCACCUGGUCAGUUGGGACCACACGCAGCAGUGGGCCGUCGCGUCAUGGAGAGAUGUGGCUACACUUGUACAGGGAAAGGACGACACAUUCAACAUUGACGUUCACGGAAACGAGGACACCGUCUACCUGGCUGAACAUCGACUCGCCGGCCAGGUGACGUUACCAGUGGCUUUUCACCUUCUGCUCACCUGGAAGUCUCUCAGCAGACGUCGCGGAAAGCGCGUCGAUGAAGUGUCCGUCGUUUUUGAGAACGUCAAGGUGCACAGGACCGUCCUCGUGCCCGAGACGGGCACCUUCCGCAUUGCGGUGACCAUCAUGUACUCUUCCGGCGAGUUCGAAGUGUGUGAGGAAGGCACGGUGGUAGUGAGUGGUUCCAUUCGCGUCGCCAAUGCCGGAGCCUCGGCGGCCGACAUGGAGUUGCCGGCUGCUUCCUCCGAGAACACUACCUACGAACUGGACGCCGAGGACGUGUACAGGGACCUGGCUGUGCGUGGUUACGACUACCAGGGAGACUUCCGGGGCAUUCUGAAGGCUGACUUGCGAGAGCCGUGCGGAAAGCUUCAAUGGAAGGAUAACUGGGUGACCUUCGUCGACAGCAUGAUCCAGUUCGUCAUGUUCAAGAGCCCCGUUCGUGUGCUCAGAAUGCCUACGAGCAUCGAGUUUUGUCGCUUCGAUCCCUACGUUCAAGCCGAAGUUCUCGAGAAGGCCGGUGACACAGGUGUGCCAGUCCUCUACAACCAAAUCACAGACACUUGCCAUGCUGGAGGCGUCGUUAUUCGAGGUCUACACGCAGACACCGUCGACUGCGAGGUCGAGGAGCAGAAACCGCUCGUUGAAGAGUGCCGUUUCGUCCCGUACAUUGACGACAAAGAGACCAUAGAUGACAGAGUGUCCCUCACCCGUGAAUACGUGGAAAUCUGUUGCAGCGUUGCCGGGCGGGCCUUCGAAAACUGCUGCGACGGCAAGUUUUUUAUUCGCGAUGUUAUGAAAGACUUGCGUGACGUCCCUGAGCACGUGGUCAAACGGCAUCUCGAAGAACCAAGCGAGAGCAACGGCCUCUUGCGGUUCCUUCACGACGUCCACAAGCAAGCCAAACGCGCCGACACUUCUCUCGAGGCGUUUGUCCAGUCGGCCCUGCCUGCACACAAGGAAGACUUAGAAGCCGAUAUACUUAACACCGCCCUUUUUGAGGAAGACCCUCUAAGGUUCCUCCUUGACAUCGCGGUCGAAAACAGCAGCCCGAAGAAGUUCCGAGUACUCGAACUGGCAGCUCAAGAGAGCGACUCCCUGCUGGUUGCCUGGUUAGCGAAGUACCUUUCCGAGUUCAACCUGCUGCCCACUACCGAGUACACGGUGGCACAUGCGUCGCCGGAGAGACUGUCGGGAAAGGUACCUCAGGGUACCACGGUGGUGCCACUGGGCUCGGCAUCAUCCAAGAAGAAGCUCCCCGAAGCGGACUUGAUCGUGGCCCGGAGCGCCACGUGGGUCUCGAACGAAACGACCAGCCUCGCCGAAGAAGUGUCCGCCAUUUGCAUAGAAAACGGUUUCGUUCUGCUCGCCCAGCGUACGGCGCUCACGCCCGCCGAAUCGAUGCUCGGCAAAAUCGGGGGCGUCCGUCCAGCAGCGACCGCGGCCGAUGAAGUCGAAGCUCAGUUUUUGAAACACGGGCUACGGCUGGUGGCUUUGAAGUCCAAUAACCUGUCUGCCCUCUAUCUCUUCAGGAAGCGUUCCGCGGCCCUCGAAGAAGCGAAGCAGGAGAUAGUGCCCGUUUACGGCAAACGCGGCGACUUAGUCGAUUCGGUCAAGAAGAAGGCGCUCGACUACGACUGGAAGCCGAAAGGCGAGAACAUGUGGCUCCUCGCGGAGGAGGCUGGAACGAGUGGCGUCGUCGGUUUGGCGAACUGCCUCCGGUACGAAUCCGGUGGAAGCCAUAUCAGAUGCGUAUUCGAUGCUGGUUCUUCCGGAACGAACAAGGUGGCUGACUUCAGCGCGAAAAAUCCAGAAUACAAGGACGUAAUGGACAGGGACAUGUUCAUGAACGUUUACCGCAGUGGACAGUGGGGUUCCUACCGGUACCUGGUCGCAAAGAACUCUACCGCCAGGAAAAACACGCGGUUUGCUGUCCUCAACUUGCUGAAACGCGGUGACCUGUCCAGCCUAGAUUGGUGCGAGUCCCCGUUGCCCUACGGUACGAUGCCCACUACCAAGGAGGCCACCGGCACGAUCACGUGCGAUGUGCACUAUGCUGCGGUGAACAGUAGAGACGUAGUGUUUGCCACAGGACAACUGCCUCCAGAGGCACUCGUAGAGUAA